CUCAGCUUCAGCAGCCGCUCAAGCUCUGACGCCUCAACGAAUCGAAAUGACCCCUUAUUACCAUAUGCGGAAAGCCUCUUGGAAAAGAAAUCUGCUCGGGGGCAGUCAGUCAUUGGACGGGGGUUGUACCGGAGAAUUCUGAUAUGGACCGUUGUGAGCAUGAUCAUCGUGUCGAUUGCGCUAUUCAAAACCGGAGAUGGCAUUGUACCCGGUUCGCGAUUCGCCCAGCCUAGCGAAACACCCUCAGCCCAGAAGAAGUGGGAUGAAGAUCUGAAAAAGAUGCCUUGGCUUAAAUUCCCACCGCUGAACGGCUACUUCCAUGGCCUCAAAGCUCUGGUGGCCAAAUCUGACCACACUCCCGAAUAUCCUAACCCUGCUCACCAAGCUCCCCUUGGUGAACCUCCCCUAAGCCAAGAUAUCCCGACACCCAAACUUUACAAUCCUUACUCGUCCGACUCGACCGUUGAGGUUUGCUACCUUGACAAGAACAACACUAUUCCGGCCCCUAACAUCUAUGCCUACGAGGGAGUUCCGCAAUAUAUGCCCGACCCGGCUAUUGGCUCCCACUCCAUUUUUGGCAUUCGGGAUGACGUUUGCUUUGAUCGAUUUGGCCGUUAUGGGCCCUAUGGCUUGGGCUAUAAACUGGUUGAUGGCGGUUCAGACGUGGGCAUUGAUACGGAGAGCUCUGGCAGUGAAACUGUCUGGGAACAAACCGGCCAAAUUAACUAUGGCCAAAUUGACUGGGCCGAUGUGCAGGACCGAUGUGCUACCGCUAACAAGCACCGAUUCGCAGACCCAGACCCGGACACCGACUCGCUCAAGAUCGCUGAGGGAAAGAAGGGUCGGAUCGCUGUAGUCAUCCGCCUCUACACUGGCUUCAAAUGGACACAGCUGGUUGUACUGAAUUUCCGGGCCAUGAUCAACGAGCUAGCUCUCAGAUCUGGCGGGGAGUACCACAUCCACUUUCUGCUACACGUCAAGGACAAUGACUUGCCAAUUUGGUCCGACGACGUGGCGGUCCAGCUUCUGCUUGACGCCAACGUACCCCCCGAGUUCCACGGACUGGUGACGUUGUGGAGCGAAGCACAAAUGGAGCUCUUCUAUCCCGGCAAAUUCGAAGACCCCAUCAGCAAACCUCCUAUUAACAACCCUGCCAUGAGAGGUGUUCACGGUGUAUUCCGCAGCGCCCAUCUGCCCCUUCAAGUUUUCGCCUUGCAGCACCCGGAGUAUGAGCAUUUCUGGAACUGGGAGAUGGAUAUGCGGUAUCUGGGCAACUGGUAUGAAUUGUUUGAUCGCUUGGGCAGCUGGGCAGACAAGCAGCCUCGUAAACUGAUGUGGGAACGAAACGAACGAUACUAUAUCCCGGUACAUCACGGCACCUGGGAGAACUUCACAGCCGCCGUUGAACAAUAUACCAAAGACUCUGGCAAGCCUGGUGUCUUUGGCCCUGUUGAAUUUCCCGAAGGAAAGAAGCUACGCCUGGAGCAGCAAGGAGGAUCCUACGUGCCUAGGUCGUGUGCGGAUGGGGUAGACAGCCCAGAGUGCGGUGUCGGCGAGGCAGCAGAUCUCAUCACAUUGAACCCCAUCUUCGACGUGCAUGGUUCUGCCUGGGUCUUUGCAAACGACGCGACGGCGUAUGGCAAAACGCCUCCAAGACGAUGCGCCAUCAUUACAGCAUCUCGUUUGAGCCGUCGUCUUUUGAUGGCAAUGCACGAAGAGGUGUGGCGCUACCACCACACCAUGUUCUCUGAAAUGUUCCCUACCAGUGUAGCGUUUCACCAUGGGCUUAAAGCUGUAUACGCGCCUCACCCCGUCUUCCUGGAUCGCGCCUGGGAGCCCCUGGGCAGUGCAGUUGACAAGGUAUUCAACGGUGGACGCGACCACUCGACCUCGGCUGUGGGAAGCCCAUUCGAUUUGCGCAAUGAGCACAACCACAAAGGCGCAACCUGGUAUUUUAACAGCGAGUUUGCCGGACUACUCUGGCGGCGAUGGUUGGGAUAUGCUCAGCAAGACAACAGAGGAAAAGAUGGCCACCGAAAAAGCGGAGGCAAGAUUCUGGGCGGAAAAAGAGCAGAGGAGAGUGAGGACAGCAGUGGGCGGAUGUGUCUGAGGAGCUUCCUCGUGCAUCCAAUCAAGUUUGAAAGCCCAGAUGAGAAGAAAUGAUGAGAGAAGCCCAUGAAAUAAGGCUGAAAGAAAAAAGAAACUUUUGGCGCGUCGCAAUUCAUUUCGGCCAAAGGAUGCAUACAGGAAUGGCGUUUUAUUUUUUGUUUCAUUCUUUCUUUACUUGGCGGGUUUCUCUAUAUUCUUUAUUUAUUAUAUUUUUUUUUUUGCCCUCCCCUCUGAUGCCUUUUCGACGCUAAUUAUAACCCCCCAAAAAUUGUCGAGGGGGUUUCACGGCGUUUGGGUUCUACACUGAGAGCGUUUUUUUUUGGCCUCGUGGAACUGACUCGCUGUGCGAGAGAAGAUUGGAUCAAAGUUGAGAAAUUUUUUUUAUAAUCGCCUCGACAAGUGGUGUGCUGCGUGUUUGGAGAAUAGAAAUGUGAAAUUUUUGCCGACAUGAUGGAUCAUGUAUAAACAUUUGGGAGUCAUAGAACAUAGGUAUAUAGCAAUUUUGGACAUGAUAUGGU